CCCUUCAUUCCUCUCCUCCUAUAUAUAGCCAGUCUCCGAGAGAGAGCCAUGGACAUGGGCGACCACCAGGAGGGGGGUUCCGACAGCCAGCAGCAGCUGCAGGAGCGCCGGAAGCGCCAACGCCGGCACACGCCGGAGCAGAUUCGAAAGCUGGAGGAGUCGUUCCAGAAGUGCGGCUACCCCGACGAGGCCCAGAGCGCUCAGCUUGGACGCGAGCUUGGCCUGGAGAACAAGCAGAUCAGGUCCUGGUUCCAGAACCACCGUACACAGAUGAAGGUUGAGUACGAGCGGGCGGAGAACCUCUUCCUCCGCGAGGAGAACACAAGGCUCCUGUCCGAGAACAUGGUCAUGCGGGAGGUGCUCAAGAACUUCAUCUGCCUCAAUCCCAACUGCAUCGCCAAGCACUACAUCGACCAGCAGGAGGAGCUCGAUAAGGAGAACGCUCGCCUCAAGGCGGGGUCCCUCCUCUGCGCCACAUCUUUCCAAGAUGAGCUCUAGCUUUACUUUUUGCAUGCCAAUGUUCCUCCUCCAUACUUCCGACGAAGAAAUUGUACGACUAAACAUGCAUAAGUUGGAAUAGAUUACAAGGUUUCGAAUAAGAGUUAUGAUUUGUUCCUGAUUCUUGGUUUUCAGAUCUCCAUCCAACCGCGGGGCAAUUUGUUGUGCCUUUGUGUUGUAAUCUGUAACUGAUGAGGACUGUGCCUACACAAACUGCUGAAGAAGUCUUAUACCUAUUCAAUUCGAUGUAUCAGAUUAUUCCAUGAAAAUCCUGUUCGAUCUGCUACUUCCGUAAGAAACAUGGUUUCCUUCGAUAUAUAUACUAACUAGUUGUGACGACUACUGUCCCGCAUCGGCGGCCGGCAGGACGCGCCUACUCAGUUCCUCUCCCCGGCGUCAUCCCUGUUAGAGGUGAGACGGUGAGAAGCUCAUCACAUCAGAGAAAGUGGAGAGAGAUCUAACACGCCAAAGCCAAGUGUUGAGUAUAUUGAUUAUUAGAAAAGUUAGGAUAGCAUAGGAUAUUAUUCUGCCUUGCCUUGUACUUUAAAAUGAUUAUGCACUCUUAUAUAUAUAUAUGCCCAUGAGGCUUAAGCAAUACA